CAUCCUGCCUGGCUGUCUAGCCAUUUUGGCUUCAUGCGCCAUUCAACAACUUUUGUAAAAUUUAACGGGAGCCCGCCUCCAAACGCUGUCUCCAGUACUCUUCAUACAUCUGUUGACAUAGCAAGAAGUUCACAACAGUUGCCCUGUUGUCCCUGAAAAUGCCCUCUUGUGUUGCCUUCAACUGCAAGAAGCGAACAGCUGAGAAAGGAGCUAAGGUUUCUCUUUUCCGAUUUCCACACCAUGAUAAAGCAAGGAUGCUUAGCUGGGUCCACAACAUAAACCGCAAGAAUUGGAUGCCGUCCCCGGACUCACGCUUAUGUGCUCUGCAUUUCACCAAGGAAUGUUUCCACCCUUCCUGUGGGAAAAGCCUGCUGAACUCAAAUGCUGUCCCAACUAUUUUUGCCUACCCAGGUGUCAAUACAUCGUUCAAAAAACCUGCAGUUAGUAACACGUCAUUCAGAACACAAGCGGCAAGUACGCUCACAGAGGUAAGUGACACUGUCAACUUUGAUCACACGUACUGCUGCAAGCCCGUGAAUAGUACUUCCGCCAUCGGCCAAGUCGCACCAUCUACAGAGGUAACCAAUGUUGUGGAACCAACGAUCUGCAGCACCACGGUGACCACAAAUCAGAACAGUGUCAGUGUCCCAGAAGUAUCAGAUGGUCAUGAGUCUACAGCCCCUCUUGAAAACGUGACAUUAGAACAAAUGGCAGUGGGGAAUAUCCUUUCGGAAACUGCUAAAUCUCCAAAUGCACAAAUAACAAUUAGAAAAUUACAAAUGAAAAUUCAUAAAAUGGGAAGAAAAUUGGUUAUCAGCCGCAAACGUCUGAAAAUUGAAAAACAGAAGACCAGACGAUUAAAUAGCAGGAUUUCUUCUUUUUCUGCUGUUAUCCAAGAGCUAAACCAGAAACUUGGACAAAUGAAAGAAGAGGCCAUGGUAAUGGCUAAAAGCAAUUCCAAAGCCAAUCCCAAAAGUAAGCCUAAAAGUAAGCCUAAAAGUGAUCUUCAAAGUGAUCCUCUAAGUAAGCCUAAAGGCAAUCCCAAAAGCAAGCCUAAAAGCGAUCCUCAAAGCAAACCUAGAAGCAAUCCCAAAAGCAAGCCUAAAAGCGAUCCUAAAAGCAAGCCUAAAAGCAAGGUAACAGGAAGCAACUUAAAUUGAUAUCUUUUUUGGUAGGCCUUGCUUUUAGGCUGUAAAAUAUGUUUGGCUCCUUUUCUGUCAAUAGCAGUUCAUCAUUUAGCUUCCUGCUGGUACUCCUUUCUGUAUCUCCAAUCUAUGGGCUUACCAACCACCAUCUACUGUCUACUCAUACAACCCCAGUUAAAAAAAAAACAAGCCAUUCCUUUAACCUGGCUAAACAACAAAACCAGGAUCAUAAAAAUGUACUAAAUCAAAACGUUAUGUGUCCAAGGAUACUCCCUGUGCCUUUGCCCUGCUUGUUAGCCUGCUUGCUACUAGCUGCAACUGAAAACAUUCAGUUGGUUAUUUGAACAUCUUGCCAAAGGACUACAGUUGAAAAUUAGCCUGCUGGCUAACACUGGUACGUUUACAGAAAUGUUGAUCAAUGUGCACUGUCCUUUAAAUAAAUGAAAUGAAAAAGUUGGUUUUGAUGGAAAACUAAGAGUAUAAAAGUCAAUCUGUCAUUCUAUUCAAAUAGACAUCAUAAGUUCACCCUCUGACUAAUCAUAUUGGUCAACAUUUGUUGUUUUAGGCUCCUCAGAUUAGUUUAGCGGUCUCACACUUUGAACUGGGGUAAUAGAUUUGAGUACAUUUCAACCCAAAGCCCAGUUUGUUUGAUUCAUGAGAACAUUGUUUACUGUACUAGUUUAUUUGCCACAGUUUUGUACGGUUCAUGUGUUCUAUGGUACGGUUCAGAUGUAAAAAACAUAUUUACCAAAACAUGGAAGUGGAGAGCUAUUUAACACGAGUAGCAGUUGGAGAGUACAGUUAUAUUGACAUUUUUUGACGUGGUCCACUUCUUUGUAUAGGCUUGGGAUUUGGCAAUUGGCACGCUUUUUAGCCUCUACUUCAUAGUCUUAAGAAGAGGCAAAACCGGUUGUUUUUGCGUUUGUGUGUGUUUUGUUUGUCUGUCUCUUUAUUUUUAGAUAAAGAGGUCCAUACCAAGGGCUGAUCACCAGUAGCACUGCCCUAAAGGCCGAAGCUAAAGACAGGACAGGAGACAGAACCUUGUGGCAUGCAUACCCAGGAUGCCACAAGGUGCAGAAGACAUGGAGGUGCAAAAAAGUAGUUGGUGAUCUCAUCCCUAGGAACGACUAAGUAAAGAGAUAACGGAUAGAAAUAGAAAUGACUGACUUACUGUUAGUCAACAACAACUUAAAUUCACUCAACCACUUUAAAUCUAGUUUCCUUCUCAUUAUUCCUAUUUGACUGGUAUGAUUUGGGUGAUGAGUUGAUCUAAACCAACCUAGGUAGUUAUUUUAUGUCAUCACUUCCCAGCAAGAAGCAGUUGAUUUUAUAGUGUUAAUAGUUCAUUUAUGUCAUUGAAAUGCAAGUGUCAAUCACUCCGAUCUUCAUAGGGUACUGAGAGGCUAAUUGUAUAAAAUAAAGCAUGUAAUUCUCAAAGCACUCUUAAAGGACGAUAUACUUUUACCUUUACUGUUCUGCCGAGCAAAUCGUUUUCUCGACAGUGCUCUGCCCUCUGCGCAUAUUUGAUUGUGACAUGCAGAUAUUUGCUGCAAAAUUGGCCUGUUGGAAAUGAGCAUUGGUGCAUGAACAAUAAAAUUCAUAAAAUCGGCACUAAAAGCCACUCACAGUUACAGCGGGAUUUUUACUGUCUUAAGAGAGCUGAGGUCAAUUAAGCACAUUCUUAAUCAGUGUCACUUCAUGGUGCCAUAAGCCGCAAACAUUUCUUUGUGAUUUCAGCCCUGAGUUCACACCAAUGACAAUCGUCUGGUGUGGUUCGUUUGCUUAGAGUAAAUGAUUUAUGGGGAAUCUGUCAUGUCUUUAACCUCCACACAUGUAACACAGCUCCAUUAUAGAAUUUAUGUUGGAGCAGAUGAAAGAACUGGAAAUUGCUUUACCUCAUUUCAGUGCUACAUUCAAGACUCUCUGUUAGGACCUUUUUUUAUUUAUUUUUUUUGCAUACAAUUCUGACCCAAGCUGUAUGCACAAUUUUAGAACAGUUGUUAUGACAUCUCAUGACAUCUUAUCAUGAUGAGUUAAAAUGUGGUCUCAUAGAAAUACAUUUUUCAAAACAGAUUUAUUGAUUGAAAUUCACCAGCUUAAUACUUCAACCAUACACUACUGACACAGCCUAGGAAAACACAUUAAGGCCUGUUCAUACUUCCCGCAUCUGCUUCAGUCACAUAAGUGCAAUUGCAUAGCUUUGAAUGCCUUUUAAGAUUAAGUAUAUUCAUGUUGACUGCAUCCUCAACACAACUUCUUUUUAAAAUUAUCCUUCUACUUGUUCACUUCUUCUGAUUAGUAUUCAAGCUAGACUGAGUGUGAAAACAGGAGCUAUUUGUACGCGUACAGUUCGCUCGGGUACAAAUGUUUGCUUCACUCGGACGGUCCAGCGCACAAGCCAAAUGACAUAUUUUGUCAGAAGGACCUUAGCAUACCUCAAAGACACGAAAAAUAUGAAUAGGCCAUUACUAUGGCCAGAUGAGUAAUACAUUGUUAGGCUCAUGUUCUGUAACCAGUGUAGAUGUAAAGCAAAAUCACUAAGCUAGCUAACUAGCGAUCAUUCUGCUAGUUAGCUUUUACAAGGGUUAGAGAAAAUGAGCGUGCUUGUACAUUUGUAUUACUCCCAUUACCACAUAAAACCGGUCAAUGUACAUUUUACUCCUGUUUGAUUGUAUACACUACUUGCAAUAAUUGUAUUAAUAGGGCCUUGGGGAUCCUUAGUGCUACAGGAAUGAUGCUUAAAACCUGGCAAUGAGUUAGCAUUAGUUGUCACUCAUCUUGAAGUCAAUGGCUUUUUUGAAUUUGUAAAGAUUGGUUGGUGUUUGGUUAUGUUGCUCAUAUUUCUAACUCAAACCAUACAACUCAAAAAUAUAUUUUAAAGUACCCACUGAUAUGUAUCUCCUUAUCCCCCUGAAAUGUACUUUCUCUGGAAAAUAAAAUGUACUGCAUUUGUUGUGAUGAUCUACCAUGUUUGAUAAAUGGAAAUGGAUUUGACAUGUUGAUUUAAUAUCAAAAAUGAAACUCAUACUGAAGUUUGUUUGGCUACAAAUAUAUUUAUAAAUACCUUUUUUGUUAUUAUAAGGAGAUUAGUGGCGGUGGUGGCAAAGUGGUAAGGGGCUUGGCCUGGGAACUGGAAGGUCACCAGUUCAAGUCCCCGAAAGAUCAACUACUACCAUGGUGUCCCUGAGCAAGGCACCGUUCCCUACACUGCUCCCCGGGCACCGUACAUGUGGCAGCCCACUGCUCCUAACACUAGGAUGGGUCAAAUGCAGAAUGUAAAAUUUCCCCUCUGUGGGCUUCAUCUUGUUCUUGUCAUCCAUGUUGUAUGAAUGUUUGAUUCAUUUUGGAUUCAGGUUUUGUUCAGUGGUUUAUAUCAAGUUUGGAAAUGUUCUGCAGCUGAGCCCUACUUUCAAAAAUGUCAGAUAAUAAUGUUAAGCAAUAUGAACUUUUAUUCUAUGAAAAUGAAAUAGAUACAAGUCAAACAGUUUUACAGAUGGGAGUGGUCAGUGGUUCAAAACAGUGACCUCAUACCCCUGGACAGAAGUCUAACUUCAAGCAACCCAAAGAUGGCUCUCUUCCUCUUCUCCUGUAUGUCCUCUCCUGACUCUGGUUGCUCAGGGUGACACAAAGGGAUUUUGGUUUCCAGGACUGCAACACCACUGAGCUACUUGGAAGGACGCCUCCAGUUCUGUCACCUUGCUGAAAGUGUGCACCAAGAAACACUUGAAACAUGGUGACUUUGAGAUAAGACACUCCUCAUCCAACGAGGCCUGGCAAAGCUGCCACAACAACCCAUACAUGAGCCCAUAAGGAGCUUAAUUGAUUUAGUGCCCUGCUGGAAGGGACAUUGAGAAUAUCUGUUUGAGCCACAUGGGAGCUGACGAGGUCCCUGACAGAACCUGCUGCCACUCCCGCCAGCUUAACUCACCUGUCCUUCACGACCGUUGGGUGAAACAAAACAUUUUCAUGUGUUUUCACCAUUUGAUGUCAGAUGCUACACAUUUUAAGAACUUACAAAGUGUUGACUUACAAGCUUCAGACCAUGUUUCUAACUUUAAAAAACCCACUAAUAUUUGAAUUUCUUUACCACCUUUCUUUGGUGCUUCUUAAAAUCAACUGCAGGACAGUGCAUUGACCAGUUAAAUUGGUCAACGCCAAACAAGGAUAUCAGUCACUGAUUUAACCUGCUUACACAUCUGAGCUUUCAUUCAUCUUCCAUUAGUUCAUCAUUUUUUGGUUCUGUUUUGACAUUGAGUUGUGAAAUUAGAAGUGGAAUAAACCUUUUCAUAUAAAGAA